AAAAAAUGGGAUAGUAGUAGUAGUAGAGUAUAUUGGUAGGAGAUGUGCUUGUGCAAGUGAAAAAAGAUAAAGAAAGAGGGGGGAGUGUUGAGUCCGUGGUGGCAUCAAAAUCUGUGUGAAGCAAAUGACCCAACAGUCUGAGAACUCCACCACCACCACCAAGAAGAAGAAGAAGCAAUGCAACAACCAGCAAUGACAAAAGCAAAGUCAGACAGCGACAACAACAACAGCAGUGGCAUGGGUAUGCUCCUGGUGUUAUUCCCCCAAGACAAAUCCUCAACCUCAACCUCAAACACCGACAUUAAACCCAUGUUCAACUUCCCUUCCCCCUCCAAAUCUCUCUUCUCCAAAGCACAAUCCACUAUCUCUAUUUGCCUCCUUCUCCUCUUCACAACGCUCCUCCUUUUUACUCUCUCCACCCUCCCAAACGCCCUUCCCACCCCUCCCCCUCCCCCUCCCACUCCUAAACCCACCCCACACCACUUCGCGCUCCAACGCAUGGGCACUCUCCACCGAAGAGGCACCAAAUCCAUGACCGACCUCCUCAUCUGCCACGUGGCAGAGGAAACACCACUCGAAGACUUCCGACUCUUCCUCCGCCUCCUCCACCGUUCUUCCCUCACUUCCUCAUCCGACGUCGUUUUCCUCUUCCCUUCACCUUCCUCUUCCCUCAAAUUCACCCCCGUUAUUCAACAAGAGAACACCGCAUUCUCUUCUUUGCUACACCUCCACGCGCACCUCAACUCCACGCGCUGGCGCCAACACCCCAAAUCCUCCUUCGACCCAAAUCGCUUCAUCUCCAAACCUCAACUGCAACAAAAACAACAAAGAGAACCCCUGUGGGGUCCCAAAACAAGAACUAACUUAAACAGUUCCCGUGACUCACUGAGUUACGGAUCGGUGCUGAGUUUUGACGCCACCGAACUUGACCCGGAGAACUCGCUCUCGGGUUUCCUCGACAAAGUCCCACUCACUCUCCGGCGAUGGGCGUGUUACCCGAUGCUACUCGGCCGAGUCAGACGCAGCUUCAAACACGUCAUGCUCGCCGACGUGAAAAGUCUCUUGAUUUUCAAAGACCCGCUCGGCCGAGUCAGGAAUCGGAGCCCCGACUCGGUCGUUCUCUUUACCAAAACGGAAAAACACGGGAAGAGAACUCAGCGUGCGGUCGUCUCAUCCGUUAUAAUGGGUGGCGCUCGCGGCGUAAGAAGACUCUCCGGCACGGCGGUGGUGGAGAUCGUCCGCGCCGCGACGCAGCACAAGAAGAAGAAGAACUCGGUGACCGAGUCGGCUGUACUGAGUCAACUCGUUGGCGGGAGCGAGUUUGUGUUGAAAAAUAAGAACGUUAAUUUGAUAGCUUCUUCCGAGUCAAUACCAGAGGUAACAACUGCAAGUGCUUCUUCUUCUGUUUCAAAGACGUCGUUUUCGGAUUCUGCGAUGGUUCAACGUGGUGUGAGUAAUCACGACCUUAAUUAUGUCAUCAUGAGGCAAAUUUGUUCGUCUGUGGUGGAUUCUUCUGUCUAUAGCGAUUGUUAGUUAAUAGUUAGGAUAAUAAUAAAUAAGAAAAAUAAUAAAACCUUUAGGGAAAAAAAUAAUAAUAAUGAUAAGGAAAUUCAUGUUAUUAUUAUUUAUUUAUUUAUUUACGGAAGUUUCGCAUUAGUCUGACCAAUUUUGUUCCUACUUCUGUAUAUACUCAUAACUCAUUCAUCUUGGAAUUACAUUUUUGUAUUCUUCAUUGGAAAAGUUAUGGAUCAGUGUGUUCAUAUGAAUGGAGCUGACACAAGAUUUGACCAUGCAAGACGAUGCAGCCAAAUACUCGGUAUAUUUGUUUAAUAAUAUUUGAUCAAGG